AUUAUUCGAUUUGCUACAAGCGAGGUAGAAAAAUCUCGAAUUAUUGCUCCAUCUCAAAAGAUAAGCUCGUGGUUUCGUGUACAGUUGACGUAAUUCUGUGGAAAGUUAAACGUGGUAUAGUUUUAGUUAGUUAAAAUAAGGUGUUGUUAGGAAAGAAAAUUAUUGUCGCAUCUGAGCAAUGUCGACUCCACCUGGAUACAAUGAAUUGCUGCAGUGUCCUUACGAAAAGGCCCAUCGGAUACAGGCUCAUGCCAUGUCAAAACAUUUAUUCAAAUGUCGGAAAAAUCAUCCACAUCAAAAAUUUGUGUCGUGUCCGUUUAAUGAAUCACAUCGUGUAGCUGCACCUGAGCUUAAAAUUCAUACCCAGCAAUGUGAAGAUCGUGCAUCCUUCGAAACAUAUAAAUACUGCAUCUCGACUGCUUCGCCGAAUGUUUCCCAAGGCGCAAAAUCUCCGGAUCUUAUUUAUAACAACAGCCAGCCGAAGGAUCCAUUCAAAACAUAUAGGGAUAGAACAAGCGAUGAGGAGCCUGAGCCUGAAAAAACAAAUUCAUUAUUGGACGAUGAGGAAUGUUGGGAUGACAUGAAUGUACCUGCUUACAAUCCACAGAAAUACUGCGAAAAAGCGAAAGUAAUUCGGAAAGCUACACUUAAAACCCCGUCAGAGAAGAAAGCAUUCUAUGAGAGUGAACGACUGCGUUUACAGGAUCUGAAGCUAAAUGAAUGAAUUGUUAGUGCGUCAAAAUAUGCUUUCCGGUGGAUAAAAGCAUCAUGGAUUGCGUUGAAGUGAACAAAUACAUCUCUUACAUUGAUUUCAAAUAUUAGGAACUUAUGUGAAACGAGUAUCGGACGAACAAACUAUUAUCCGUGAUGACCUUUUCGAAGCCACAGAAUAAAAUGUUAUUAUUGUGUUUAAAAUAAAUUUAUUAAAUCGAAACGCAUCUGUUUUCUGUAUAAAUGUGUAAUUUUAAUAGGAUCUUAAUA